AUACAAUUUUGACGUCCGUAAGGACACAGCGCAGCAUAUCACUCCCCUUCUCUCUCUAUCUCUGAUUCUCUCUCUACCUCCUUCUCUCUCUAGAUACAGCGAAGGGACGCACAGCACAUACUACGCCAAAAACUCUCAGAAGAAACAAAGCAGUAUGUAUUAGAUUUUGGAUUAGAUUACUACAGCAGAAAUCGACGAACCCUAGAGGGGGACUUCAAACUCAUACAGCAGCUCUGUCUACUGACUAAAAGACAUGAAUUUUGAUUCUUUAUGAGUUUGAUUGAGGAAAUAAGCCUGUGUAUUAGAUAUUCUCUCAUACUGGGUCUCAGUUGAGAGAUUCAUGUGAAAGCCGUGAGGAUUGGUCGUCAAUUGGAGGCAGUGGAAUCGAGAAUGUUCAGAAUCCAAACGUGUUCAUUGGUAUUUAUUUCUUUGGUCUGUUGCUUUUGUUUGGUGAAGCUCAACGCAGUACUUUCAGGCUCAGAACUCACCCCAUUUUUAUGGUGCACAACAAGGGCUUUGAAUCCUACACCUGUGGAUGUGAGCUUGAAAUGUUAAAUAAUUUGGGUAUUUUCAGUUUUUCACACCUUGUGUGACUGUUGUAUUCAUAGAAUAAUUCAUGUUUUAGAAGUUUUGGUACUCUCUUGAGUGCUUUUAGAUUUUGAUUCUUAGAAAAUGGUACCUUCGGGGCCGCCUACUCCUUUGGGUGGUGCCCAGUCUGUUCCCCCUUCACUUUUGAGGUCCAAUUCUGGAAUGUUGGGUGGUCAAGGGGGUGGUCCUCUGCCUUCGCAAACUGGAUUCCCUUCGCUUGUAUCACCUCGUACUCAGUUUAAUAACAUGAAUAUGCUUGGAAAUGUGCCCAAUGUGUCUUCUCUAAUUAAUCAGUCUUUUGCAAAUGGAGGCCCAAAUAUGGGGCUUUCCGGUUUGGGGAGUAGCCAGCGAGGAGAUAUUGAUUCUGGAGCGGAGUCAGAUCCCCUAUCAAGCAUUGGCGGUGGAGUGGGGUUCAAUGCUCCAUCUUCUUUCAUACCUUCAAACAUGGUGAAUCCUAGUACAUCUGGUCAAGUUCAGGGUCAGCAGUUUUCCAAUGCUUCUGGUAACAAGCUAUUGCCAGAGCAGCAGCAGAUACAACAACAUGAACCUCAAAAUUUUCAGCAUACUCAACAAUCAAUGCAACAGUUCUCCGCCCCUCACAGUACCCAGCAGGUGCAGCAGCAACAGCAGUUCCAAUCUAUUCGAGGAGGGCUACCUGCUGUUGGCCCAGUCAAGAUGGAGCCACAGACAACCAAUGAUCAACAUGGAUCGCAGCAGCAGCAGACACAGCAGUUGCAGUCAUUGAGAAAUCUUGGCCAAGUGAAAAUGGAAGCCCAGCAACUCCAAAAUAUGAGGAAUUUGGUUCCUGUGAAGAUGGAACCCCAACAUUCAGAUCAGUCUUUGUUUCUGCAUCAACAACAACAGCAGCAGCAGCAGCAACAGCAGCAUCAGUUCCUCCACAUGUCAAGGCAGUCUUCUCAAGCUGCUGCUGCACAAAUGAAUCUCCUGAAUCAGCAAAGAAUUUUGCAGCUUCAACAACAACACCAUCAACAGCAACUCUUGAAGACAAUGCCCCAACAACGGUCCCAAUUAUCACAACAGCAAUUUCAGCAACAUAAUUUACCUUUGAGGUCUCCCGCAAAACCACCAUAUGAACCUGGGAUGUGUGCCCGGCGCCUCACACAUUAUAUGUAUCAACAGCAACACAGGCCUGAGGACAACAACAUAGAAUUCUGGAGAAAAUUUGUUGCUGAGUACUUUGCUCCCCAUGCCAAAAAGAAAUGGUGUGUUUCUCUGUAUGGAAGUGGCCGGCAAACAACUGGAGUUUUCCCUCAGGAUGUAUGGCACUGUGAGAUAUGCAAUCGCAAGCCAGGCCGUGGUUUUGAGGCAACUGUGGAAGUUCUUCCAAGAUUGUUCAAGAUCAAGUACGAAAGUGGUACUUUAGAAGAACUUCUUUACGUUGAUAUGCCCCGUGAAUAUCAUAAUACCUCUGGUCAAAUUGUCCUGGAUUAUGCAAAAGCUAUACAAGAAAGUGUUUUUGAGCAACUUCGUGUUGUACGAGAUGGUCAACUUCGGAUAGUUUUCUCUCCAGAAUUGAAGAUAUGCUCUUGGGAAUUCUGUGCUCGGCGUCAUGAGGAGCUUAUCCCUCGAAGAUUGCUGAUUCCUCAGGUUAGUCAGCUUGGGUCUGCAGCUCAAAAAUAUCAGGCUGCCACCCAAAAUGCAUCAUCUAACUUGUCAGUUCCUGAGUUACAGAAUAACUGUAAUAUGUUUCUUUCAUCAGCUCGUCAACUAUCAAAAGCUUUGGAAGUGCCAUUGGUUAAUGAUUUGGGAUAUACAAAGAGAUACGUGCGAUGCCUUCAGAUAUCAGAAGUGGUUAACAGUAUGAAAGAUUUAAUUGAUUACAGUCGAGACACAGGGACUGGACCCAUGGAGAGUUUGACUAAGUAUCCUCGGAGGACAAGUGCUUCAUCUGGGUUUCACAAUCAAGCUCAACAGCCUGAGGAACAGUUACAGCAACGGCAACAGCAGACAUUGGCUCAGAACUCUAACGGUGACUCUGGCCAAGCAAAUGCGAUGCAACUCACAGCUGGUAAUGGCAUUGGUGGUGUAAAUAAUCCUCUUAACGCAGCAUCGACUUCUACCCCUGCCAGCACCGUUGCUGCCCUUAUCCACCAGAAUUCAAUGAAUUCCAGACAGCAAAAUUCGAUGAAUAAUGCCAGCAGUCCCUAUGGAGGAAAUUCUGUUCAGAUUCCUUCUCCUGGUUCCUCUAGCACAAUUCCAAAUGUGCAACCCAAUCCUUCCCCUUUUCAAUCUCCAACACCCUCCUCAUCCAACAAUCUCCCACAAGCAUCUCACAGUGCUUUACCUGCCACCAAUCAUAUUGGUUCCACAAAUUCACCUGCAAAUAUUUCCUUGCAACAGCCAGCUCUUUCUGGUGAUGCUGACCAGGGUGAUUCUCAUAGCUCUGUCCAGAAAAUUAUUCAUGAAAUGAUGAUGUCCAGCCAACUCAAUGGCACAAGUGGUGGUAUUGGUGGUGCUUCUUUAUUGGGGAAUGAUGUAAAAAAUGUCAAUGGGAUCAUACCAACAAAUAACAGCGCAGGUCUGAAUGGCGGCAAUAGCUUGAUGGGCCAUGGAACAGUGGGCAAUUCUGGUAUGGGAAGUGCUGGAUACAACACCAUGGGUGGUGGACUUGGUCAGUCUGCCAUGGUCAAUGGACUUGGAUCUACAAUGGGUAAUAACUCCAUUGUGAAUGGAAGGAUAGGAUUGAGUGCCAUGGUUCGUGAUAAUCAGCAACAGGAUUUGGGAAACCAGCUUCUCAGCGGUUUAGGAGCAGUUAACGGGUUUAAUAAUCUUCAGUUUGAUUGGAAAUCAUCCCCUUGAAGGCUUAUUUUGAUCUGCUGAUGUUUCAUCCUUGAAUGUAGCUUAUGGCUUAAUUGCCUUGGCCCUGUGUAAAAAUUGCAGUACACUGGUGUAGUCUUGGGGCUUCCAUCCUUGUACUAAUUUCAGGAAAAAAUGAAGGGUUAAAGGUAGCAGUGUUUGGUCAAUUAAAUAUUUAUUUUUAAAUGCUUUAGAUCUUCAUUUUUUU